AUGGGCGGCCGGAUCUCGCGCGAGCAGAUGAAUGAUUACCGGGAGGUGGUGAAGGAUCGCAUCUCCGAGGAAGCCAUCGGCUUCCUGCACACCCGCUUCAUGAAGGCGGCCCCAUCUGGGGUCAUGACCCCGCUUCUCUUUAAACAGUACAUCGAGAGCGUAGGCGUGUUCAAGAAUCGUAGAAUCCUUCAAGAGCAGCGCAGGUGGCGGCAGGGAAGCAUCUUCGACACGUUAGGGGCCAGUCGCUACAACGGGGAGAGGCGGCAGGCGGCUGCUGGUGCCAACGGAGACGCGGUAGAGGAGGAUGGCAUUGAUUACUACGAUCACCUCUUUCGCGGGUACGACAUCAACAACGAAGGAGUGAUAACCUUCAAGAAGUUUCUGAUGUACCACGUAGCAGUCGUGUACAGCACCGAAGAUUUGUUUUACGUAGUGUUUAACGCCUACGACGGCGACGGCGACGGCUUCCUGUCACUGGCGGACAUCAAGGCUGUCAUCACGGCAGCAACGCGCUACGUAGGCGACUACGACGUCAACGACCGCGAGGUGCGCCGCGUGAUUGAUGAGGAGGCGCGGCGGCUCAUGGGCUUUCUGGACAUCCGUAAGCAGGGAUACAUACAGAUGGAGGACAUGCGACUCAUCACGCAGAAGUACCCGCAAGUGUUGGAGAAGAUGAAGAAUUUGAUGUGA